UCAUAUUUAAAUUUAAAUACAACCUGCUAGCACGUAACCUGUAUUGUUUUAUUCAUUUCGAUCGCUCCAACUUAACAUUUCGUCCCAAUGGAUCACUCAAGUCUAGAACACAAGCUCGCAAGAGUUGAAGAACGUAUCAAGACACUUGAGAAGAUAGUCGUCAUUUCUACCGAAACCCAGGCAGCAGUAUGGAAACAUAUACCAGCCGAAUUCAACAAAUCUAGGGAUAUAAUAUUCCAACUCUUAGAAGGAAGUCAAGAUACAACAAUCCCCCGUCAAGAUACGACUAUCACGCGCUAUGAAGACAACCCCCAAAGCUCUGUUGAAACUAGUUAUGGUAUUAAAAGUUUCGAUGACACUAGCUACAGCAUUGAAAUUUCUGAUCAAGCUAGAGACGAAGCAGAAAUUGAAAAGAUGAAGGCCGAGCUGCUUGAGCAAACGGAGGAGAUGAAGGCCGAAUUACUUGAGAAAACGAAAGAGAUAAAGGCCGAACUGCUUCAGAAGACGGAGGAUUAUAAUAGAGUCCAAAAUCUACUUCAAGAAGAAAGAAAGAAAAGCCGAGCCCUUGUUGAAACUCUUCGAGAUAUUCAAGGUAACAUUAGGGUUUUAUGCAGGAUUCGACCCCCAGGAAAGGACACCCCGGAAGAAGACCUUGUAGACUUUGGUCCGCAAGAAAUGGGGGAGUAUUCAUCGUACUGGGGAAAGAUGACCAUACCCACUACACGAACGAACUUUAAGGGAGACGUAAUCAAUGACACCCCGAAAACCUAUGAUUUCGAGCGUAUCUUUAGUUCAUCGGAUACCAACGAGGACGUCUUCGAGCAUAUCAGCGACCUUGUUGAAUCUUCAAUGGAUGGCCAAAAGAUCAUACUGCUCGCUUACGGACAAACCGGCGCUGGAAAGACAUUUACUCUUAACCACGCAGGCCAAGAAGACCUUAGACAAGACGGAGUGAUUCCAAGGUCCAUGUUUUUAAUAUUUGAGACUAAGGAUAUGCAAGCAGAUGAAUUCGAAUACACGAUUUCGGUAAGCAUCCAAGAAAUUUAUCAGGACAAGACUUUUGACCUCUUGGGGGCAGUCGAGGCGGGAAAGAGGGAGACCGAGGUCCGAAUCAACUCGGUCCGGAAGCGGCAAUUGUAUUCUCGUGCAGAUGCCGAGGAUGUGAUAGAGACUGCGAUGGGUUACAGGGUAGUUUCGGCAACUGAUAUGAACGCUACUAGCUCUCGUUCGCAUCUGAUUCUUUCAUUUGAGAUUAUAAGGAAAUCACGAAGAAACGCAAGGGAAAUCAAGACUGGCGUCCUUAAUAUCGUCGACCUCGCGGGGAGCGAGAGGCCAAAUGCAAUGGGAUUGGAGAACAAUCUUCGUAGGGAAGGGAUCAUAAUUAAUAAGUCCUUGAUGAGCUUGACUAAGCUCAUUCAUUGCAUAGCGACUGGAAAGCCUGUCGUUUAUGAUACAGAGCUCGUACGGUCAUUAAGACCUACUCUCUCACGCCGGACAAAAGUUGUCAUGUUUAUUAUGAUUAGCCCCUUAAAGAAGGACCAAGAGGUCACUUUCCAGACUCUCGAAAAGGGGCGAGAAGCUUCCCUCGCAAAGAUGGCUUCGGCCGACCUUAGCGGGAGGCCUACCGCGGGUGAUACCACUUCGAUAAGAGGUGGUACCACACCAAGGGGCACAUCUUCGACAAGAGGUAAUUCCCCAUCAAGGGGCACACUUUCAUCAAGGGGUUCACAAGGCCAAGGCCGCGGCCGGAGGUAG